AGUCCUUUUGUAGCUAUGCUUAAAAAAUUGGCAGGUGACAUGAAACUGGCCAAAACCACUGGCAGGUGGAAGAAGAAAUUGAGAACCAUCUUACAUUGAUUCAUACAUUAAAUAAUCUAAGAUCACGGAGCAACAGGUAUCCAGCAAGGUUGAAGAAGUUUAAUCCUGAGCCUACCAAGAGAAAACAAAAAAGGCAAAAAAAAUGGUCAAAGUGCCUUAGACAUCCAUCACCUUGGACUUUUCGACACCUGACUUCAAUUAUUCUGAACACUGAAAGUCAUCGGUCUUUGUAAGAGAUAAUUCCUGAUCCACAGAGCUGGCUAGAAUGACAGACACAGAAUCCAGCAAAUAACAGCAGCACUUGUGGUAGUUGGAAAAGACAGAGAUGAGGCACUUGGCUUCUUGUGGUAUUCUGAUGACCAGAACUUCUCCUUUGCAAGUACCUGUAACGGGUCAUACUUUUUCAAGAAAUUUCUUCAAUGUUGCCACACCACUAAUAAAUAAAAGAAAAGAAUAUUCUGAAAGAAGAAUUAUAGGGUAUUCCAUGCAGGAAAUGUAUGAAGUUGUUGCUGUUGUGGAGAAUUACAAACUCUUUGUUCCUUGGUGUAAAAAGUCAGACGUACUCUCGAAGCGCUCUGGGUACUGCAAAGCACAGCUAGAAAUAGGAUUUCCUCCUGUAGUAGAGAGAUACACAUCAAUUGUAACCCUAGUGAGACCACAUUUAGUUAAGGCAUCAUGCACAGAUGGAAAACUUUUUAAUCACUUGGAAACAGUGUGGCGUUUGAGUCCUGGUAUCCCUGGUUAUCCAAGGACGUGUACAUUGGAUUUUUCAAUUUCUUUUGAAUUUCGUUCACUUCUACACUCAAAACUUGCUACACUGUUUUUUGAUGAAGUUGUAAAACAGAUGGUUGCUGCCUUUGAAAGAAGAGCAUCCAAACUCCAUGGGCCAGAAACCAGCAUCCCUCGGGAGCUGAUGCUGCAUGAAGUUCAUCAGACGUAAAGGGAAACUGUAACAACCUUCCCUAUAAACUUGUUUGUACACUUCACUUGUACAAAGUGCCGUGCUCCUCCUUUGGGGCAUCUAUUCCUUACCUGAGCUGUGGGUGUGAUCUUACAUUGUGCCAAACACACCUGUUCAGCCAGACAGAUACAGAACGUUCAAAAGCUGCAAUCAAGUGCAGCUUAAAGCCUUAUCAGUAACAGACACCUGGCAGCUGCUGUAAGCCAGGCUAUCUCAGGCUGCCGUUUAACACCAAACGGCUCCUGGAAUCACAGUCCAAGCUCUGCCUUAGCCAAGCUCCUGGGGUUUUUCAGCACUGUAACAUAUUAACUCAGCUUUGUGGGAACCUAACCUUCACAGCAUCAACUCAGCCAGCUCUGCCUAAGGGGAGGCCAACUGACACACUGGCUUCCCAGAGAGUGGCGGUUUGGCAACCAUUGAGGAGUGGUGCUUUAAUCCAAAUGAGUGGAAAAGGUAAGUCAGGGAUCUCCAGGUUGUCUUGAGUGACCAUCAACUGCUCUAGAACUCCCCUCGUUUUCAGAGCUGAAACACAUAAGGAGUAAUCUGAGUGCAGCAGUCUCAGCUAUAGCCAGUGGUUCCCAGUGGACCUGUCCAGAAUUUGUAGUCAAUUUGGCACUGAACUUGCUCCUUGCCACUCUAUCCCUGUUACACAUUGCACUUUAGUUACUUCCAUCUCACUAAUGCAAACAGAACACUUUAAAACAAGUGUUACCUCUGAGAGCCAGGUACCAGUGCUGUCUUCCCUAGAAGCAGGGAACAAGACACUCUCUGCUUCCUGCAGACAAGCACAGCCAAGGCCAGCUGUCAUUAUAAAUCAUACAAGAGAGCAAUAAACCUUCAUGCUUUGAGGUUUUUCAGUACCAUACUCCCAACUGUGAUAAUGCCAUCCUGAUUAAAUACACGUUCAGUACUUCUAUUCUUGAAA